CACCGCGCCUGCGCAGUGCGCUCUGGCAACCGCGGGGGCAGCAGACGGUCCGUUCAGACAGAACCAGGUUUAGCGCGGGACGCAGGUGUAGAGCUUAAUCUGAGCGGUCAGAGAGCAGGAGGAGUGGACAUGACGGACACGGUGACCAAGAACGCAGACAAGAUGUCCCUGAAGGAGCUGUACGUCUCCGACAAGCAGGGCAGCGAUCAGGAUGGAGACGGGACGGAGCAGAACCCUUUCAAAACCCCCUUGAGGGCUCUGCUGUUUGCUGGUAAAGAACCCUUCCCAACCAUCUAUGUGGAUUCACAGAAAGAGGAUGAGCGCUGGGCUGUGAUCUCCAAGACCCAGAUGAAGAACACGAAAAAGCUCUUCCACAAGGAACACGUGAAGACAGAUGUCAAAGACAAGAAGGAGGCUGAGGAUGCAGAGAGGAGAGAGAAGAAUCUGGAAGAGGCCAAAAAGAUCGUCAUUGAGAAUGACCCAAGCCUUCCGGAGCCCAAAACAGCCAAGAUCUUCGGGCUGGAGUCUCUGAGGGAACAAAGGGUGAAGGUGUUCGGCUGGGUCCACAGGUUACGUCGGCAAGGGAAGAAUCUUCUGUUUAUCGUGCUGAGAGACGGAACAGGCUUCCUGCAGUGUGUUCUCACUGAUAAGCUGUGUCAGUGCUAUAACGGUCUGGUGCUGUCCACGGAGAGCACAGUGGCUCUGUAUGGGACCGUGAAGCCAGUUCCUGAGGGAAAACAGGCUCCAGGUGGCCAUGAGCUGCACUGUGAUUUCUGGGAGCUGAUUGGCCUGGCUCCAGCAGGGGGCGCCGAUAACCUGCUGAACGAGGAGUCGGAUGUGGACGUGCAGCUGAACAACAGGCACAUGAUGAUCCGCGGGGAGAACGUCUCCAAGAUUCUGCGCGUGCGCUCCACCGUCACCCAGUGCUUCAGGGACCACUUCUUCAGCCGCGGAUACUACGAGAUAACCCCUCCCACACUGGUGCAGACACAGGUGGAGGGUGGCUCCACCCUCUUUAAGAUGGAUUACUUUGGAGAGUAUGCGUACCUGACCCAGUCUUCCCAGCUUUACCUGGAGACCUGCAUCCCCGCACUGGGAGACACCUUCUGCAUCGCCCAGUCGUACCGCGCUGAGCAGUCCCGCACUCGCAGACACCUGUCCGAGUACACCCACAUCGAGGCCGAGUGUCCCUUCAUGAGCUAUGAUGACCUGCUGUGCAGACUGGAGGAUUUGGUGUGUGACGUGGUGGACCGCAUCCUGAAGUCCCCUGCUGCUGCCCUGCUCUACGAUAUCAAUCCUGACUUCAAGCCCCCCAAGAGACCAUUUAAAAGGAUGAACUACACUGAUGCUAUCGUGUGGCUGAAGGAGCACGACAUUAAAAAGGACGACGGGACCUACUACGAGUUCGGAGAGGAUAUCCCUGAAGCCCCUGAGAGGCUGAUGACGGACUCCAUUAACGAGGUCAUCCUCUUGUGCCGUUUCCCUGCUGAGAUCAAGUCCUUCUACAUGCAACGCUGCCCCGAGGACCGCCGCCUCACCGAGUCGGUUGACGUGCUGAUGCCUAACGUUGGGGAAAUUGUUGGAGGGUCCAUGCGUAUCUGGGAUGCUGAUGAGCUCCUGGAAGGUUACAAGAGAGAAGGCAUUGACCCCACCCCCUACUACUGGUACACUGACCAGAGGAAGUUUGGAACAUGUCCACACGGAGGAUAUGGUCUCGGACUGGAGCGCUUCCUUACCUGGCUGCUCAACCGGCAUCACAUCCGCGAUGUGUGUCUCUACCCACGCUUCAUCCAGCGCUGUCGGCCUUGAAGCGAGCAUGCACGCGCUCUCGUCUACAUCCCGUCCAGUCAGCCUGCUAUCACUGGAAGAGACCGACAUGCCACAAUGACAAAAAUAGCGCUUGCUAACUUUCUGCUAGAGCAAACCAGAAAAUCAGUAACCAUCUGUCCGUGUCUUAACAUUUAAUCUGACUGCAAUGUUGCAACAACCAGAUAUUGUACAAGUGCUCUGUUCAGAAUAUGUACAUGUUCCUAAUAAUUGUAUGUAAUGCCUUCUGGAUCAUUUGUCUAAGGUUAAAAACAAUAACUGCACAGUUCAUUCUUGAAGACUGCAAGAAAUCCAGCAUUCAUUCACUGUUUAAAACCUUAAUCUGGCUGCAGUAUGUAGUAUCAUUUGAUUUGCACAAGUGCACUGCUCAGAGCAAUUAUGCGGACUUAAUAAAAGUAUAUAAUACUCUA